ACAUGGAGGAUGACCGAAAAAUCCAACAGCAUGAAGAGCUCCCCUGCCAAUAACCACAACCACCAUGCACCCCCUGCCAUCAAGUUCAAUGGCAAAGAUGAGCACAGGACCAGCAGCAGGCCACAGUCUGCAGCUGAUGAUGACACCUCCUCGGAACUGCAGAGGCUGGCAGAGAUGGACGCCCCACAGCGGGGCAGGGGUGGCUUCCGCAGGAUCGUCUGCCUGGUAGGGGUCAUCAGAGAGUGGGCUAACAAGAAUUUCCAUGAGCAGGAGCCUAGACCUGACUCGUUCCUUGAGCGUUUUUGUGGGCCUGAGCUCCAGACCAUGACCACACAGCAGGGAGACGGCAAAGGAGACAAGGACUGUGAGGGCAAGGCCACCAAGAAGAAAUGUGAAUUACUUGUCAUGGAUCCGGCUGGGGACUGGUACUACCGCUGGUUGUUUGUCAUUGCCGUACCUGUCCUCUACAACUGGUGCCUGCUGGUGGCCAGAGCCUGCUUCAGUGAUCUACAGACAGGCUACUACGUGGUGUGGCUGGUGCUGGACUACUUCUCAGAUGUGGUCUACAUCAUGGACCUCUUCAUCCGAUUGCGCACAGGUUUCCUGGAGUGAGGGUUGCUUGUCAAAGAUCCCAAGAAGUUGCGUGACAACUACAUUCAUACCCUACAGUUCAAGCUGGACGUGGCUUCCAUCAUCCCCACAGACUUCAUCUAUUUUGCCAUGGGCAUCCACAGCCCUGAGCUGCGCUUCAACCGCCUGCUACACUUUGCCAGCAUGUUUGAGUUCUUUGACUGUACUGAGACACGCACCAGCUACCCCAACAUCUACUGCAUCAGCAACCUGGUCCUCUACAUCUUGGUCAUCAUUCACUGGAAUGCCUGCAUCUACUAUGCCAUCUCCAAGUCCAUUGGCUUUGGAGUUGACAGCUGGGUUUACCCCAACAUCACUGAUCCUGAGUAUGGCUAUCUGGCUAGGGAAUACAUCUACUGCCUUUACUAGUCCACACUGACCCUCACCACUACUGGGGAGACACCACCUCCUGUAAAAGAUGGGGAGUACCUAUUUGUCAUCUUUGACUUCCUGAUUGGUGUCCUCAUCUUUGCCACUAUUGUGGGAAAUGUGGGCUCCAUGAUCUCCAACAUGAAUGCCACCCGGGCUGAAUUCCAGGCCAAGAUUGAUGCCAUCAAACACUAUAUGCAGUUCCGCAAGGUCAGCAAGGACAUGGAAGCCAAGGUCAUCAGGUGGUUUGACUACCUGUGGACCAAUAAGAAGACCGUGGAUGAGCAGGAAGUUCUCAAGAACCUGCCAGCCAAACUCAGGGCUGAGAUAGCCAUCAAUGUUCACCUGUCAACACUCAAGAAGGUGCGCAUCUUCCAUGACUGUGAAGCUGGCUUACUGGUGGAGCUGGUCCUGAAGCUCCGUCCCCAGGUCUUCAGCCCUGGAGAUUACAUUUGCCGCAAAGGGGACAUUGGCAAGGAGAUGUUCAUAAUAAAGGAGGGCAAGUUGGCAGUGGUGGUGGAUGGUGGUGUGACUCAUUAUGCCCUGCUUUCAGCUGGGAGCUGCUUUGGCGAGAUCAGUAUCCUUAACAUUAAGGGCAGCAAAAUGGACACUCGAUGCACAGCCAACAUCCACAGCCUCGGCUACUCAGAUCUCUUCUGCUUGUCCAAGGAUGAUCUUAUGGAAGCUGUGACUGAGUACCCUGGCAAGAAGGUCUUGGAGGAGAAGGGUCGGGAGAUCCUGAUGAAGGAGGGGCUGCUGGAUGAGAAUGAGGUGGCAGGUAGCAUGGAGGUGGAUGUGCAGGAAAAGCUAGAUCAGCUGGAGACCAACACGGAGACCUUAUAUACCCGCUUUGCCCGCCUGCUGGCUGAGUACACAGGAGCCCAGCAGAAGCUCAAGCAGCGAAUCACAGUUCUGGAGACCAAGAUGAAGCAGAAUGAGGAUGAUUACCUGUCAAAUGGGAUAAACAGCCAUGAGCCAGAUGCUGUUGAGAAGCCAUAA